CCCCCCCCCCGGGCCUGUGCAGGUUUGUCGCACAAACCUCUGCCCCCACCCCCCUGGCUGCACUUCCUCCGUCCGCGGGGACAGCCGGGUCCACACCCUCUCCUUGGCGACGUGGAGGGUGUGGCGCAGGUCCUGACUGCGGUGGCGCCCCCUCUUCAGACGGAGAUCAAGAGGGUCCCAGCGGCCCCUCCUCAGGUUCUCCUGCAGGCCCUGGUGGCCCAGUAUGGCCCCCUGAGGUGAACCAUGACUGGCUGGCCAACACUCACCACUGACCACCUGGAGACGCAGCUCACCAGGAGGUGACCCCUCCUCCACCUGCUCCCCCCCCCCACCCCUCGCAGGAAAGUGCCCGCGCUGCCACGGACACCAUGUAGUAGGGCCGGCCGCGGCGCCCAGUGAGCUGCGAUGGUUUUGUACACGGCCCCCUUUCCCAAUAGCUGUCUGUCCGCCCUGCACGCUGUGUCCUGGGCUCUCCUCUUCCCAUGCUACUGGCUGGCGGACCGGCUCGUGGCCUCCUUCAUCCCCACCACCUAUGAGAAGCGCCAGCGGGCGGACGACCCGUGCUACCUCCAGCUACUCUGCACCGUGCUCUUCACGCCCGUCUACCUGGCCCUCCUAGUUGCCUCGCUGCCCUUCGCCUUUGUCGGGUUCCUCCUCUGGUCCCCACUGCAGUCCGCCCGCCGACCCUACGUCUACUCCCGGCUGGAGGACAAGGGCCCGGCCGGUGGGGCGGCCCUGCUCAGUGAAUGGAAGGGUACGGGUCCUGGCAAAAGCUUCUGCUUUGCCACUGCCAACCUCUGCCUCCUCCCGGACUCGCUGGCCAGGCUCAACAAUGUUUUCAACACCCAAGCACGGGCCAAAGAGAUCGGGCAGAGAAUCCGCAACGGCGCCAGUCGGCCCCAGAUCAAAAUCUACAUUGAUUCGCCCACCAACACCUCCAUCAGUGCGGCCAGCUUCAGCAGCCUGGUGUCACCACAGGGCAGCGAUGGCGUGGCCCGGGCUGUCCCUGGGAGCAUUAAGAGGACGGCCUCUGUGGAAUACAAGGGUGACGAGGCUGCCAACGGCCCGGCCUCUGGGGAGGCGGCCGAGGGCGGUAGCCUGGAGGACGCCUGCAUCGUGCGCAUCGGAGGCGGAGGCGAGGAGGGGGGCCGGCCCCCCGAAGCCGAUGACACCGCCACUGGGGCCCAAGCCAGGAAUGGGGCUGGCGGGGCCCCACAGGGCCAGACGCCCAACCACAGUCAACAGGACGGGGACUCGGGGAGCCUGGGCAGCCCGGGCAGCCCCUCAGCCUCCAGGGAGUCCCUGGUGAAGGUGCGGGCCGCAGUGGACAGCGGCGGCAGCGGGGAGCCGGGCGCCACCAACAGCAAGCUCCCCUACAAGGCCUCCGGGGCGAAGAAGACAGCCGCACGCAAGAGGCGGCACCCGGACGAGGCCUUUGACCACGAGGUGUCCGCUUUCUUCCCCGCCAACCUGGACUUCCUGUGUCUGCAGGAGGUGUUUGACAAGCGGGCAGCCGCCAAGUUGAAAGACCAGCUGCAUGGCUACUUCGAGUACAUUCUGUACGACGUCGGGGUCUACGGCUGCCAAGGCUGCUGCAGUUUCAAGUGUCUCAACAGCGGCCUCUUCUUUGCCAGCCGCUACCCCAUCAUGGACGUGGCCUAUCACUGUUACCCCAACGGGCGGCGCUCCGACGGCCUGGCCUCCAAAGGAGCGCUGUUUCUCAAGGUGCAGGUGGGAAGCACACCUCAGGACCAAAGAAUUGUCGGGUACAUCUCCUGCACGCACCUGCAUGCCCUGCCAGAGGACAGUGCCAUCCGGUGUGAGCAGCUGGACCUGCUUCAGGACUGGCUGGCUGAUUUCCGAAAAUCUACCUCCUCGUCCAGCACAGCCAACCCCGAGGAGCUGGUGGCGUUUGAUGUCAUCUGCGGAGAUUUUAACUUUGACAACUGCUCCUCAGAUGACAAGCUGGAGCAGCAGCACUCCCUGUUUACACACUACAAGGACCCCUGCCGCCUGGGGCCCGGAGAGGAGAAGUCCUGGGCCAUCGGUACCCUGCUGGACACAGACAACCUCUACGACGAGGAAGUAUGCACCCCUGACAAUCUGCAAAAGGUCUUGGAGAGCGAGGAAGGCCGCAGGGAGUACCUGGCCUUCCCCACCAGCAAGAGCCCCGGGGUGGGCCAGAAGGGACGCAAGGACCUGCUCAAAGGCAACGGCAGGCGCAUCGACUACAUGCUAUAUGCGGAGGAGGGGCUGUGCCCGGACUGGAAGGCCGAGGUGGAAGAAUUCAGUUUUAUCACCCAGCUGUCUGGCCUGACUGACCACCUUCCAGUGGCCAUGCGGCUGAUGGUGUCUUCAGGAGAGGAAGAGGCAUAGACCAGCCACGUCAUUCCGAGCAGUGGGGCCUCUGCCAGCCCUUUGAGCCGCAGCACCUCUCUGGCCAUGUCCUCUCCAGCGAGUGCCCCUGGUGCUGGGGGAGGAGGGCAGGGACCCGGGGGGAGCCUCGGUCAGUCCCGGGUGAGCUGGAACCAGCGCCGUCCUGCACCUCUGGGCACUCACCGUGGACGGAGGAGUCAGGCCGGCCUUGGGAGCCGCAGCUGCCCAACAGUGCCAUUCUUUCGAAACGUGAUUUUCUACAAAUCUACAGCACAACCUAGUUUGUAACCCGGGGGUUAGUAUGAGAACCGGGUUUCGUACUCUUUGUAUCUCUUCUCAAGCUUCGUCCAGGGUUCAUUAUUUUUGUCUGCUGCCAUGUUGUGUCGCAUGCCUGCACCCUCGCAUGCACGCUGCCCGCAUGUCACAUGCCACGCCGUAGCCACACAGACCCCUCGCUCGGGCCUCACCCAAGGCCAAACUCCAAACACGAUCAGAACCAGCCAAAGAAGCAUUUCUGGGCACAGGGCCACAAGUUCCCGCCUCCAGCCCAGACGGCUAGCAAGCAGGGACCGUGAGGGCUAUGUCCAGUUACCAGCAAGGCCGGGCUCUUCCCAGGGUCUUGCAUUCAAGGGCGAUUACAUUUUAAAAAGAAAAACAGAAAAAGUUAAGAAAACCACCCUUCACUUUAGAGGGUCUGCAAACCAUGAGGGAGAACACUGCUUGGGGUCCCCUCUCCCAGCCAAACAGGGCCCCAGAGGCUCCCCCAAGAGACUUCAAAGUGGGCAGAGGGAAUCUGAGGAGAGGGCCAGGGGGACUUCAGGUUUUCCAAAUGAUAGAUUUAUAGCUUUUCUGUCAAAACCAACGCAUCCUCUUCUUUCUGCCUGAUCCCAUUUCCCUUCUGGACACCUCUCUGGUUUGGGACCAAGCUUUCCCUGGCAGAGCUCAGGAACUGUCUGCCUGCCUCUGGGUGAGGCUGCAGCUCUGUCAUCCCAGGCCCAACCUGAAAGGCGACCCAGGGGCCCUGGAUGAAGGGCAGGAAGCCAAGGUGCAGACCGGCCUGUCCCCUCACCCUCACCAGUGUGGAGGCUGGGGGUAAAGGCCGGGGGCCACUGCUUGCCUGGGGCAGCGAGUGGUACUGGUUGGCAUCCAGGCCCGUAGAUACCCACUCUGCCACCAUGUGACCAGGACCAGACCUGGGUACUGGGCAGGAACUGGCAGAGCCCGCAGGUGAGGUCCGCAGCUCCCCUCUCCAUGGCAGCACUGCCUCUGCCUACCUGCCUUUUUUAAACACACCUGGGGAUGCUCCCCACAGUCACGCAAGGGAGGCUGGUGUCUGUUUCCCAGUACAAGGACCCUCCAACUCGGAGGACUGUUCUUGACAACCCCCACUGUCACCUCUCCUCGAAGCGCCCUGACCUUGUGCCCACCUGGCUCAGAGCCAGCUCUGCCCAGCGAGGCUGGGGAGUGCACCAGGACCCUUCGAAUACUAGAAGCCUCCUGGUGCCGGCGCGCUGAUGCUGUGCCUUGUCACCCACCUGAGCUGCAAGAGGGAUCAAGACGGGGGCCAAGCAGCCAGCCAGAGGCUCUUCAGAACCAUACACACGGGGGCACUGGUUUGUUCAGGGCAGUGUCUGGGCUGAGGGCUUUGCUGCCAGGAGCAUUCCCUGACCAAGCCCUCCAGCCCCACCCUGAGUCCAGAGCCAGGACGGGCUGCUCAACCCUGAGCACACAGUCCCACCUGGACUCUCUGCUGUGCCUCUCCUCUGAGGGCCUGGCCUCCAGGGCCCUGGCUAGGCUCCGUGGGGUCAGAGGGGCCCCCACUCCCAGGAGCAGCCAGGAAUCUCUGCUCACAUAGGCAGGGCCCAACUGAACACGCUCGAUGCCUGGAUGGCAGGACUGAGCCAAGGCCUUCAGGCUUCGAGUCAGCCGUGUCCAGGAGAACAGGAGAGACAGAGGCCAGGGUUCCUGAAGCAGAGAAACGCUGGCCCAGCCUCCAUCCCUCCGAGGAGCCACCUCCCUCCCAGGGCAGCUCUCCGGGAGCCGCGGCACAGGGGGCACAUGCUUCUCUCCCUACUCACAGGGCGGCCUUAGGCAAGUCAUACCUCCCUGUGCCUCGGUCAUUUCCUGUCCUAACAAGGUCGCCUCUGCCCAGCCUGGCCCUGGCAUCUGGAGCCGGGCCAGCCUGCAUCCCACCUCCCCUCGCCCGUCCCUCUGGCGCAGCCUCAGCACUGAGGCCACGACUGCCCAACCACACGUUUCAUCAAGGCUGUGGACUCCUAGGACCAUGCACAAGCCAGACUUUUCCAUUUUGAUUUUUUAUAAAAGAGAAAACACUAUCAGGAUCUCAGAUUCUGUGGCAUCUAGGCCUAGGAGGGGUGGACACAGGGGUCAUCCAAAUCCCCACCCAAGGCCCCACGCCUGCCCCAGGCCCAGCCUCCUCCACAGAAGCCAGGAGGCAGGGGUCAGCUUCGGAAGGAAACGGUCAUUUCCAUUUGUCCAAACCACCUUGAGUUUUAAAGUAUGAAUAUUAACCUUGAUGCUUUUUAACUAUUGUAUUAACUUGCUGAGAUUUAGAAAUACUGUUUUAAAGGAAAAAAAAACAAUUUUUUAAUUUCUGUAUUUUUUUCUGUAUUGUAUCCUCAUGGGACAUUAGGGGUUUUAUAUGGUAAGCACACCUAAGGUUUUGGUAAAAAUAUUAUCAAAUAUAUAUCCAGACGAUUCUUCCCUAGGAGAAAAACAAUCUUUACACCUGAUAAAAAUAUUUUGAAAAGAGAGGUGUUUUUUCCCUUUACUGGUGCUGAACGGAAGGAUGGAUAAUAAGAAAAUAAAACUGUGAGGCUCAA